AUGGAAUUGCCUCGUACUGCUCGCCCCUCCAUUCCCUCCGCCCCAUCCCCCCCUCAUCCUCUCCUGCCCCUUCAUCUCAUCCGUUUUCCUUCACCCAUCCCUCUACUCUCAUCCCCUCCCGUUCACCCAUGUUCUCGAGAUUCCCUCAUCCUUUCCCAUCCUUCCAUCCCUUCCCCGUCUCCCAAAUCCUUCCCAGAGUGGAGGGCGAUGCAUCAGACAGCAGAGCACUGCCGUGAGAUGGUUGCAUGUCCACAAUGGCGCCUCAAGGCGAAGGCCAUCCAGGUUGCAGCUGUUGCACGGGUAGCAACUGCUGCACGGGUAGCAACUGCUGCACGGGUAGCAGCUGCUGCACGGGUAGCAGCUGCUGCACGGGUAGCAGCUGUUGCACGGGUAGCAGCUGUUGCACGGGUAUCAUAG